AUGAACUAUCAACGCAAGAUCUUCAUCGCUCUCACGCUGCUCAUCGGUCUGCUCGUAACCGGAACCGUUGGUUACCUAUUCCUCGAAAAGGAUAACCAGUGGCGACUUCUCGAUGCCAUCUACAUGACUGUCAUCACCCUAACAACUGUCGGUUACAGCAACAUGGGAAUGAGCGAUGCUGGACGAGUUUUUACCAUGUUUCUGCUCAUCGGCGGGUUCGGGGUGUUCACCUAUAGUGUCACGAUCGCCACCGCAUUUCUGAUUGAAGGACAACUACAAAGUUUUUUCCGACAACAAAAAAUGAUUCGAACUGUCGAUAAAUUAUCAAACCAUUAUAUCAUCUGCGGACUCGGUGAUACCGGUGUGCAUGUGCUUGACGAGAUGCUAAAGGCAGAAGUAGAUUUCGUCGGUAUUGAAUUCGAGGAAGAACGACUCAUCCAUCUCUCUGACACACGAAACUUUCUGUACCUUCAAGGCGAUGCAACCGACGACGAGUUGCUCCUGCGGGCAGGAAUUGAGCGCGCCCAAGGACUCGUCACAUGUCUCAGCCGUGACCAAGACAAUCUGUUUGUUGUGAUCUCCGCAAGAAAACUGAAUCCUCAUUUAAGGAUAGCCUCUAAAGCCGUUGAAGACAAUUCCCCCGGAAAACUCAUCACCGCGGGGGCAGAUGAGGUUGUCCUACCCGAUCACAUUGGCGGGCUCCGCCUCGCAACCGGGCUACUCCAGCCACAACUCGUAGGGUUUUUGGAAAAUAUGACCCAAAAUCGACUGGACGCCCAGUUUAAUGAAUCCAUUAUUCAAGAAGGCGCACCUCUGGACGGGAUUUCUCUCAGAGCCGCCAGCAUUCACGAACAAAACUGGGUUAGUUGUCAUCGCAAUCCAAGAUAG